AUGGACAUGCCAGAGUCGUCUCGCAGCCAACACUUUCACGACGGUCACGAAGAUUCUUCUACUUUCCAACACACCUCGCAAUCUCAUCAGUCUUAUCAAGACCACUACUCUCGCCAACCAAACCCCUACGACGCAGAGGUCGCAGAAGACCAACACGCUCUUGGAUUAGACAACAAUCAACAAGGCCGCUUUACUGAAGAGUGGGACGCCAGUCAGAGAGGCAGUUCAAUAAUAGAAGGAAACCACAACUUGAAUCCUCCCGGCGACAGGAUGCAGCGAUCACAAUCCGUCAACAGCUACGCUGUCGGUGAUGACCACAUGUUGCCUGUGCGCGGCAAUACGCUCAAGAAGAAAGCUUCUAUCCGUCGCACCGGAAGCUUGCGCAGGUCUAGCAGUCGGCGCAGCACCCGAGCUGGCAGUGUCAAAAGCCUUGCGCUGCAGUCCGCGUCUGACCCCGACGAGGCGCAUAGUGUCUUCUAUUGCCCAGUCCCUACCAACGGCACUCCUACAGAUGUCCUUGCUGAGCGCUUCCAAACCUGGCGCAAGAUCCUCAAGGACCUAAUUGCCUACUUUCGCGAGAUCCAGUCGCAUUACGAGCAACGAGCUAAAGCUCUUGGCAAACUUUCCAACGUUACCAACAGCAUUGUUACACCCUCCAGCUUCUUGAAAACAGCUGGAAUUGACGAUGCUUUGCAAUUGUUGCGUGGUUACAAUAAGACCGCUAUCAUGGAAGCUAGCAAGGCUAGAGAGAUUGAAGAGGACGUUAUUCUCGCAUUAACAGGCCUACGUAGCGAUCUCCAGCAAAAGAUUAAGGAGAUCAAACACCUAUCUAGCGACUUCAAGAACUCUGUGGAGAAGGAGAUGGACAACACCGCCAAGGCUGUGAACGCACUAGCCGAUAUUCUCGACAAGAGUGAAAUGGAUUCUUCUGCCACAACUGGCAAACAGGAUCCAUUCUUACUCCGCCUAGCUGUCGAUCGUCAGGUCGAUCGUCAAUUGGAGGAGGAAAAUUAUCUCCACCAGGCGUACCUAAACCUUGAAAGCUCUGGUCGCGAACUCGAGUCAAUCGUUGUCGGCGAAAUUCAAAAGGCAUACAAUGCAUAUGCAGGAAUUCUUAAGCGAGAGGCCGACAAUGCGCUUAAUGUUGUCGGUGACUUGCGCGAUGGUCCUAUUGCUAUGCCGAAAGACCAGGAAUGGAUUCACUUUGUCACGCACGAAGACCGAGUCGUUGAUCCCACUAUGCCCUUGCGCAGCCCCGAUCAGAUUCAUUACCCUGGGCAAGAUCACUUCUCUGCGCAAGAAAUCCGUGCCGGUCUUUUAGAACGCAAGAGCAAAUAUCUUAAGAGCUAUACAGCUGGCUGGUACGUUCUUUCCACGACUCAUCUCCAUGAGUUCAAAUCUGCAGACAAGGGUCAGGCCCCCGUCAUGUCUUUGUACCUUCACGAGCAAAAGCUAGGAUCCCACUCAGAGGAAGGAAGCUCAUCCAACAAGUUUAUCCUCAAGGGACGCCAAACAGGAGGUAUGCACCGUGGACAUAACUGGGUCUUCCGCGCGGAAAGCCAUGAUACCAUGCUAGCUUGGUACGAAGAUAUUAAGGCUCUUACGGAAAAAUCGCCGGAAGAACGCAGCCACUUUGUCCGUACCCAUUCCCGCAGUAUGAGUAGAUCGUCAAGGCGCUCAGCACGGUCUGCGAGCAGCGACGGGCUCGACGACGAGGACGAGGAACCCUUCUCAGCGAAUGAGGUCGAUACCAACAUGAUGAUUAAACAAGACGCGGCACUCCGACGUCCUCAACCAGGUGGGCGCUUUCCCUCCGAUAUUCAAGUUACGACGCAGCGAGGCUUACAUGCGCCUCAAUCUCCCUCUAGUCUAGGCAGUUCCGGCAACCAAGGAUACCCCUCAGAUACCAAUGUAGCAGCGGCAUCCGGCAGUGGCCUCUCAGAUCAGGAUAGGUAUACUGGUGAGGACCGCAGCUACAAUGGUUACGGAGGAACCAGCCACAAGCCCAUGGGAGAGGUAUCUUCCCAGGCAGCGAUCGCACAACAGGUAGCGCGGUACGACGGUGUGAACCCGUAUACGAGCGAGCCUGUUAAUGCGGAGAACGGUGAAGGCCUGGUGCCGCACCACGAUAAUCAACACGAGACCGCCAUUUCGAGUGGCCAUUCGAUUCCCGACAAUACUCAUACAGAUGACUCAGACGCAGUAGCCAACGGUGACGAGUACAUCGGAACUGAGGCAGAGGCGGGAGUUCCAGUCGAACUGGGGCUUCAGUCAGUGCCAGAGGCAGAGGUGGUUGAUCAUGCCACGCCUCUGGAAGCGCCAAUGACCAAUGACUUGCCAAUUCGCUCAAACCGACCCGACAACCGAACGGACAGCAUCCAGAGCGUCACCAAUCUGGAUAUUCCGGGCAAGUUUCCCAAAAGUACUACCAACGUUGAUCAGUGA